CUGGAGUGGUGUGUGUCGAGAACUACAUUGUUACCGACCGGUUGCUAAGUGGGCAGUAUGUGGGAAAUGUAGUUAUCAUAUGUAUUCUAAAGCGCAAGCUGCCGAUAAAGAAAGCGAAGUAGUUUUUUUUUAAAAACUACAUCAACCAUACAAUCGUGAAUAUAGGCCGAAGGUCAAUGUGCAUUCUGAUGGCUAGUUAGCUAGUUCCUGUGGUCAUUUGCAAUCUAAUAAUGUCAGAAGGGGACAGCAUUGGGGAGUCAAUCCAUGGAAAGCCAUCUGUAGUUGCUGCCUUUUUCACACGGGUUGGACAGAUCUAUCAGUCCUGGCUAGACAAAUCAACGCCAUACUCUGCAGUGCGAUGGGCCUCUACACUUCUACUUACUGGUCUAUACAUGAUCAGAGUGUACAUACUACAGGGAUGGUAUAUAGUUACAUAUGCCUUGGGAAUCUACCAUCUGAACCUGUUCAUUGCUUUUCUAUCACCAAAAGUGGAUCCUUCACUGCUUGACGAAGACGAGGGCCCGGCUCUUCCUACCAAGCAGAAUGAAGAAUUCCGUCCUUUCAUAAGGAGGUUGCCGGAGUUCAAAUUCUGGCAUUCAGCCACAAAAGGCAUCGUCAUUGCCAUGAUUUGCACAUUUUUUGAAGCCUUUAAUGUGCCAGUGUUCUGGCCCAUACUUGUAAUGUACUUCAUCAUGCUCUUCUGCAUCACCAUGAAGAGGCAGAUUAAGCAUAUGAUCAAGUAUAGAUACCUGCCAUUCACGCAUGGGAAGAGGACAUACAAAGGCAAGGAAGACACAGGGAAACCUUUUGCUAGUUAAAACUCCCGCUUUCCUUCCCCCUUGUUUGUCCAUUGAGAAAGAGAGGGUCUUGGAUAAUUUUUUGUAAGGGGACAGUUACAUGACAAGAAUAGAAAAGACACGGUUUUUGAUCCACGUUUCACAGUGUUGUAAGAGUAUACUUACAACGCAGAUCAAAGAAGUCUGAAAGUGUUGCCUUUGUCCGCUAGGGUUGGUGGAGCUUUCGAGGGCUCGAAUCCUAAUUUUAGAUUUGGCCAACACUUGUUGAGUAGUUAGUGAGACUCGGUGCUGCAUUUUGCCUUUUAAAGCCCACUUAUGUACAAAGUCACCAAGAACCACAAUGAAAAACAUCUGCUACACUUUCAGAUAAUUUGAAAACAACUCCCCCCGUUUUAGUCAUGUUUUUUUGAGUGAUUUAUCGUCAGCAACAUGUUUAUAUCAUGUGAUAAGUCAGUAAUGUCAAUUAUUACAUGAUUAGGUUAAAAGAGGAAACGUAAAGGCAACAAAACAAUUUUUAGAUUGAACAAUUUCAUCUCGUCUACUAAAAUAUUGUGCUCCUGCUCUGAAAUUCAUCAGCUGACUGUCCUUAGUGCUAAAUUUGCAUUCAUGGCAUUUAAUUUGAAUGCACAUUCAAAAUAGUUAAAAGUCAGACCUCUUUCAUCUCUGCUGAAAAUAUUUCAUUUGAUUGAUGGAAGUCUUCAAUUGACUAUUUUCAUUUCAAAAAAUGUAUUGAUUGUUAUUGGAUUUUCAUUGCAUGCACAUGCAAGUGAUACCAACACAUUUAGUCCCCUCUAGCCACAAUCACUUAAAUGUGAUAGUUUAGAGUGCAUUUGGCUUGAAAUGGUAAGUCCAUGAAUUUGCUUUACCUCAGAUUUCCACGUGAUCUAUUGUCAGCAAACCUUGUGUUCAAAGGGUCACCCAAAUGCCUUUUAAAAUGGGCUCCAUUCUGAGGUAGCUGUAUUUGUGUUUAAGUCUAUUUUGGAUUAGUUUAAAAAUAAAUAAAACCGUUGUUGGUGUCAGCUCUGUGGGUUUCUGCCAUGUUUUUUUUUUUUUUUUGGUUUUUUUUCCUCAGCACAGGGGAGUUUUGGGGAGAAGCAAAAUUCACUCUUGGACUUGUUUCAAAGCCUGGGUGCCAUUGAUUAGAUUAGCGUAGACUAGCUCUUGUGCUCAUUAUUAACGUGUUUGUUCUUCGUAAAAAGUGACAGUCAUACCAAGCAAACUGUUGUUCUUUCUUUUGCAGAGGAAACAUAAGAAAACUGAGAUUGAGGGCUUUUAUUAUGUCAAAUGGAUGAAGUGGGUGGCGAUCACACUUUUUUUUUUGUAUCCCUGAUGACUUGUUUUUUUUAUAUAUAUAUAUUUUGUUUUCUGAAAUCCUGGAAACUCUUGCCUUUACUAGUGAACUCUGAUCAGCACUGUUGUAAGGGAACAAAACAUUUCCUGUAAAAAAUAAAAUUGAAAAAAAAAGUUGUUUUCAA